AUGGCCAGUCUUCGAUUGGGUGGUGUGCUCGGAGUUGUAGCUCUCGCAGCGCUGAUCUUUUUACAAUUGCUUGCCGCAUUCAACCACGACGUUCAGACCCCCCAAGUAAGUUUGACCAAGAGUCUGAUUCAAUGGAGAAGCAAGGCGAGUGAGAAAACAACGGAUGAUAUCUUUUUGGUGGGAGCAGGCAAAGCAGAUGUAACGGGGCCCGUGGUCGAGGUCGACUUCACUGGUUAUGCCAGUCUCAAUCAAAGAGGCACCGGUCUCAAACAACGUCUCUAUUCCCGUGCCUUCAUCUUCGCCGACGCCAACGAUCCCAAUGAAACCUUCGUGUACUUGGUCCUCGAUAUACUGGCGGGUGAUACGGCUGUACGACACGGUGUUCUGCAGGGUCUCGCUGCACUCGGUGGUGCUUAUGCUAGAUAUGGCGAGCACAAUGUCGCACUGACAGGGACUCAUUCCCAUUCUGGGCCGGGGGGAUGGAUGAACUAUCUGCUCCCUCAGAUCCCGACAGGAGGGUUUGACAAGCAGAGCUACCAGGCUAUUGUGGAUGGCACCCUUCUGUCCAUCAUACGGGCUCAUGAGAGUCUGACACCGGGGAGGCUCUACCUUGGAUCCAUUGAUGUAGAGGAUGCGAAUGUGAACCGCAGUCCGUAUUCAUAUGAGCAUAACCCCAAGGCAGAGCAGGCGCGGUACGCGGACAAUGUGGACAAAACACUGUCUCUUCUCCGGUUUGACCGCCAGGUCGACAACAAAACCGCGGCAGUUCUGACUUGGUUCUCUGUUCAUGGAACAUCGAUGUACAACAACAACACGCUUGUCACCGGCGACAACAAGGGGGUGGCGGCGUAUCUUUUUGAACGCAGCAUAUCAGGCGACGCAAGAUUCACCGAGGAUGCAGUAAUCGGAUUCUCUCAAGCCAGCGUCGGCGAUGCAAGUCCCAACAUACUCGGAGCCUGGUGUGAGGAUGGCUCUGGCAAAGAAUGUCGAUAUUCCGACAGUACCUGUAAUGGGACGAACGAAGCAUGCCACGGCCGAGGACCUUUCUUCCGUGAGGAAGACAACGGUGCCAAAAGUUGCUUUGAGAUUGGGCGUCGCCAGUAUGCCAAAGCCAAGGAGCUUUACGAGAGUAUGAGCUCCAGCGCUACCAAACUAGCUGGUAGUUUGGUCCGAUCUUUUCAUGUCUAUCAAGACAUGGACGGGUAUACAUUCCCCUCGCCAUUCAACGCGACAGUUCUCACGACUUGCCCGGCCGCUCUGGGAUAUUCGUUUGCCGCCGGCACCACAGAUGGACCGGGAGCUUUUGACUUCACUCAGAAUUCCUCCAGCCCAGCAGAAGGCAAUCCAUUGUGGCAGAUCGGCCGUGCUUUCAUUCAUCAGCCAACUCCAGAGCAACAAGUUUGCCAAGGCGUCAAGGAUGUGCUCUUGGACGUGGGCACUUUGACCGAGCCAUAUGCAUGGGCGGCCGACAUAGUGGAUAUGCAAGUCCUCCGCGUCGGACAAUUAUUCCUCAUCAUUUCCGCCAGCGAAGCGACGACGAUGUCCGGACGACGCUGGAAAGAAGCCAUUGCAGCGCAAGCCAAGAGCCAACUCUCCGUUUCCAAUCCACAAGUCGUCCUAGGAGCCCCGUCAAACAGCUACGUUCACUACGUGACGACCGAGGAAGAGUAUCACGUCCAGCGGUACGAGGGCGCUUCGACGCUCUUCGGGCCCCACACUCUAGCGGCCUACAUCAACCUGACCCUCACAUAUCUCCCCUAUUUAGGGAGUGCCUCUGACAUUGCCCGAUUACCAGCCAUCCGACCAGGUCCCAGCCCACCCGUUAACACCAAUCGCUCCCUGAGCUUCAUUCCUGGUGUUGUGUAUGAUGGAGCGCCCCCUGGCAAGCCAUUCGGCUCUGUGCUUUCAUCGGGGAGUGGGUCUUAUGGCCCCGGGGACAUUGUCAACGCAGCGUUCGUGGGCGCUAACCCCCGCAACCACUUGCACCAGGAGUCGACCUACGCUGCCGUGGAAAGGAGCACGGAUUUUGGGUGGGAAGUAGUCCGCGACGACCGGGAUUGGAAUCUGGAGUUUUUAUGGACGCGAACAAACACUCUUCUGGGACACAGCGAGGUGACUAUUCGAUGGCAGAUUGAGGAUGAGUACUACGGGGUGGAUCAGCCACUUCUGCAGGCUGGGACCUAUCGGAUGCGUUAUUAUGGCGAGUCAAAGAACAUCUUGGGCCAGAUCUCGUCUUUCGAGGGGAUUGGGGGGCCAUUUAGUGUCAGUGUGUGA